AUGGAACUGACUGCGAUCAAUUCAUCAACAUCAUACGAAUCUCAAGAUCUCUUUUCUUCAUCAUCUGUUGAUCCAAAUGUGUGUGAUGUUAAUUCUACCAUUCAAUUGUCAUCAUUUCAUUCUCAAGAUCUUUCUUCUUCACCUUUCCAAAAUCAAAUGAGUGCAUCAGAUGUUAAUUCUGUCGCUUCAUCAUCGACUCUUAUUAUCUGUAGUCCUUCAAACAAUACUUUUCAAGUAAAAUCUACUUGCGAUUUUGACGAUAUUAGUAAAUCAUGUAAUAAUAUUGCUACUCAGCCAAAAUUGACCAGUUAUCCAAUAACUACUGAUAAACGUUCGUUUCAAUCAAGUGGUUACAAAGAAAGACCUUGGUUGGAAUAUUCUGUAAAAAACAAUAUGGCUUAUUGUUAUUACUGCCGUCAUUUUUCUUGUAAGCGAUCGAAUAAUCAUGAUGCUUUUGCCAGAACUGGAUUCAAUAAUUGGAAGCGAGCUUUAGAAGCUACUGGUGGUCUACUGAAACAUUCUCAAUCGAAAUUACAUGUAACCUCUACCAAAAACUACGAAUCAUAUGUUUUACGACGACAAAGUAACUCCAACGUUAUGAAUAAAUUAGAUGCUGGUCGAGUCAUUCAUAUUCAGGUCACAGAAAAAAUUCUCAAAGUUCCAACCAAGUUAAAUCAAUUGCAGAAGAUUCUGCAGAAGAAUCGAUUAAAAUCAGGUUUUCUCUUGGUUCUUUUUACAUGGGUUAGUGAAGAGGGUAGUGCAAAACGUUCAAUUGAUGGCGGUGGACUUUUAAUGCAUGUGAAAAAAUCUAUUUUUAUUAUCACAACAUUCAUUCUUCAUAAACUAUUUGGUUUAAUCAAAAUAUUAAGUGAUCAUUUGAAAAGUUCUUCUCUCGAUUAUGUACGUGGUGAACAUCUUGUAUCAUCAAUUGUUCAACAAAUAUCUGAUCUUCGUAACGAACAAUCUUACAAGCAAAUUUAUGAUGAAGCAAAACAGUUUUGUAACUCAAAUGGAAUUGAUUUAGUACAGCGAUAUCAUGUAAAUCGUAAAACUAAAAUUCCAGAUCGAUUUAAAGAUUGUUUCGUUAAUUCAACUAUUGGACAGCGUGAAAUAUUGUCUACAUCAACCGAUUUUAUGAAUCAGAUUUAUUUUCCUCUAAUUGAUUGUAUGCUGAGUAUGUCUACAGUCUAUCCUGAAAGUGAAAAAUUUUUGAGUAGUGAAGAUGUUGAUGCAUUUUGUCGUCAUGUCGAUGUUGAAUCAAAUAGUUUAAAGAAUGAAUUUGCUGUUAUCAAAUCAAUGUUCAAGGCGAAAAAAAUCGAUGAUGUUAUUCAAUUCUUCAAAGAACUAAUUCCAUAUUCUACCGCAUUUCCACAAACAAUACUGAUGAUCAAAAAUGCUAUGACAAUGCCAGUUUCGCAAGUGACUUGCGAACGUUCAUUCUCAAAGAUGAAAAUAAUUAAGAACUAUCUUCGUAAUUCUAUGUCUAAUGCUCGCCUCAGUGACUUAACAGUCUUGGCUAUUGAGCGUGAGAUACUUAUAGAUUAUGAACAGGUGGUAGGUAUAUUCGCACGUAAUCAUAAGAACAGCAGAAUUUGGUUAUGUUCGGAUUAUCUUAAACGUUUGAAAAUAAAUAGUCAAGCUCUUUUGAUUUAUACGCGUACAUUGUUUCUUUACUAUAGAAAAAAUUUCUUUGAUGAGCUGAAGAGUUGA